UUUACAUUGAUCUAGACGGACAAUUCAAUAUUACCAAACUGGUUAAAAUCAUUAAGCGUUUAAUUAAGAAUGCUGAUGAUGAUUUAGUGAAGUCCUGUCUAAAUAAAUUAACAUUGAUCAAUUGCUAUGAUAGUCCAACUUUAUAGUGUUUCUGCAAACUAUUGGCAAGAUACAGUGUCUGGCGGUGAAAAGUAUAUAGAUACAUAUGUAGAGAAAAUGAUAUCAUCAUUGAAAAUUUGUUUGGAAGAUUUUAAAGUACCUAUUAUGUUUUCUAGACAAAGUUAUUUUCAGUCUAAACAAGAUGAUUCAUUAUUAGAUUGUGUAAAUCGUAGAAUUGUGUUCAAAAGGUUGAGUUCUGAUUUUUGUGCAACUAUAACAAGAAAAAAUGUAAACCUUUGUUAUAAAUUCAAUAUUAAUGAACAGGGAAUUAACGAGUUUAAUUUACAAGUGUAGCUAAACAUUAUAUAGUAUAUACAUACAUUUCAACAUUAUUGUAAAUUAUUAUUUAAAUUUCUAUGUUAAGUAAUCAUAAAAUUAUUGAA